UGGUGCCCAGGCUUUCACGAAGCUCUGGCUCCGCCUUCGGCCCGGAGGCGCAGACCACAAUGGUGGGUUCUGUUGUCCAGCUCAAAGUGAACUACGAGAAAGCCAAGAACGGCAAGGCCAUCCACUCCGAUGUCGUCUCCGUCGGGGGACACCUGUGGAGGAUCGACUGCCACCCUCGUGGCGUGAGUGAGGAUUGCAAGAGCGAGUUCAUUUCCAUCCUCCUCCAGCACAUGAGCAAAUCCGGAAGCGUCACGGCCAUCUUCGAGUCCUUCCUGAUGGACAGGGAUGGCCAGCCAUCUUCCAAGUACCAAUUAAGGUCGUUGCCUCGAUCCUACCAAAGCGAUUCCUGGGGAUGGGGUCAGUUCAUUGGGAGAACUACUCUGGAGAAAGACUACUUAGAAGAUGGACACUUCUCGAUUCUAUGCACCAUCAUGAUCACAGAUGACAGCUCUAUUCCGGUGCCGCCUUCAGACAUCGGGACUCAUCUUGGCAGCCUGCUUGAUCGCGCUGACAGGACGGAUGUGGCAUUCAUCGUCGACGGCGAGACAUUCCAUGCUCACCGAGCGGUGCUUGCUGCCCGCUCGCCGGUGUUCAGGGCGGAGCUAUUCGGCUCCAUGGCCGAGGCUACAAUGCCCGCCAUCACGCUGCAUGAAAUUGUGCCUCGAACAUUCGAAGUUAUGCUUUGGUUCAUUUACACGGAUGCAUUGCCCGGAGACAAAGAGCUUUCGGACUCUUCCAUUGAGAUGUUUCAGAAUCUACUUGGUGCGGCUGAUCGGUAUGCACUUGACAGGCUGAAAUUUAUCUGUGCGCAGAAGUUAUGGGAGAAGGUGUCGGUAGAUACAGUUUCAACUAUCUUAGCUUGCGCGGAAACAUACGAGUGUCCAGAGUUGAAGAACAGGUGCAUUGACUUAUUUGUGGCUGAGUAA